AUCGUCAUUGGUCGGGAACGCGGACGGACGGAACCAAUGGCUGGUGGGUAUUCGAGAAGGAGGAGCUUAUUCACCCGAGUUCAGUUAAAGGAAAACUCGUGAGCCGACAAACUCGAAUCCCAAAGGCGACCAAAGAACACAAUUUUCGAUUAUUCACCUCCAACAAGUGUUCGCAUUCGGAUGCUGUUUUCAUAACUGCUUUUGACCCUUCCAGCCAAAGAUCAAGGAGCCUCUGAUAAAAUCAAGUGAAGUGCUGCUGACCUGUUUUGAUCGAAAGAAAGAGAAAUAUGGCAAGUGGUAGUCUUAGUAGUGGUGCGUCUUUGCUUCAUCCGUUUGGUGCUGGAUCGUCGGUUAAUGAAACGACGUCGACGGGCAGCGUGAGUCCUCCGCCGUCGGGUCACCACACCUUAGAACCGGCCACUGGAAAUCAUCCGUUGUUGAGUCAUCGGUUGGUGACGAAGAGCGAACGACAUCAUCAACAGCAUCGGUUGUACCAGCCGUAUCACCUUCCGCUUCAUCCGCACCAUCAUAUCCAGCAUCAUCAUCAUCUCCAACAGCAGCCACAGCAUAUGGAGAAUCAGUACGAUUUGAAUCAACAUUAUCCCGUGGCAUCGACCAGUGCUGUAGGCGGAACUGAUUCCCGGUGCAGCUCCGUGUCGUCUUCAGGCGGUGCGGAUCAACACCAUCACGUCGCGUUGGCGCUGAAAAGCGAACAACCUCAACACAACAGUUUGGAUCAAACGAGCAGCUUGGAACUUCUCGACAGCGCCAAUUUGUCUUAUGGCGAAGAUCCGCAACAGCGCCAUUCGUCCUCCGGUGGCGAUCGUCUCGAUUUACAUCAUAACGGCCCAUCGUCCGCCUCUUCGACAUCUUCUUCAUCUUUAGGACACAACAACAACAACAACAACAACAACAAUAACAACAAACCGAUGACUGGUCCGUCUGGAUCGUCUUCGAUGGCCAUGGCUUUCAGCAAGGACCAAGUCGCUUGCGUUUGCGAAGCUCUUCAACAGGCCGGCGAUAUGGAGCGUCUAUCGCGAUUCCUCUGGUCGCUUCCGGCGUCCGAAUUGAGCGGAAGCGCCAGUAGCGAGUCGGUCCUCCGAGCCCGGGUGGCCGUCGCUUUCCAUCGCGGUAAUUACCGUGAACUCUACAACCUGCUCGAGUCGCACAGUUUCAGUUCGCAGUACCACCAAGAAUUGCAAAACAUUUGGUACGGCGCUCACUAUAAGGAAGCGGAAAAAGUGAGAAACAGGGCGUUAGGAGCUGUGGACAAGUAUCGUCUACGACGCAAGUAUCCGCUCCCGAAGACGAUCUGGGAUGGCGAAGAGACCAUCUACUGCUUCAAGGAGAAAUCACGCGCCGCUUUGAAAGAUUGCUACAGGCAAAAUCGCUACCCGACUCCCGACGAGAAACGAACCCUGGCCAAAAAGACCGGCCUCACAUUGACCCAGGUUUCCAAUUGGUUCAAGAACCGACGCCAACGAGACCGGACCCCACCCCAACAACAGAGAAGUGAUGAUUGCAUGGGUAGUGAUAACGGAUUACCUACGACUCCGGUUAACGGAUCGUCGUCUUCAUCCGGAAUCGGCCUACACCACCACCACGGCGGCAAUGACUUGCUGGGCGAAUUGAAACCCAGCAAUUUCGCCAUGAGCGGCAACAAAAUGCUGUUUGACGAUGUUGUUCACAAUCCAUCCGGAAGCAGCGGAUUAAUGGCUGCCUCGAGGAGCAUGAGUUCGCUGAUGGCAUCGCAAUUCGUCGGUGGAGGCAAAGAUUCUCACGUCGCUACCAGCAGCCUCCUACACCUUCCAUCGACAGCUUUUGCCAGUUACCAUCCAUCCGGAGGCCACGGCUACGAUUCCGGAUCGGUAGCUACGUUGGCUAACCUCCACGUUGCCCACCAACACGUAGUACAACCGUCUUCGCUCUACCAUGGCCACAGGGAUCAGGCGUUCUCUCACGCUUGAUUAUAACGCAUUUUUAAAUAUCCCAAAACGAUAUGGGAAAAUUUAACACAACAAAAAACUGGCAAAAAUAUUUUUUUUUUCUUCAAAAGAACAAACAAAUCCCAGUCAAAUAUUAUAAUGUUUCUUAUUUUUUUGUCCUUUGUGCAGUCAAAUGGGUUUUGCAUUUUUUUUUUUUCUCCUCGCCUAAAUUCACCUGUUUUCGUUUUAUAUGUGUGUAAUUGUUUGUGAACUUGAUUGGGGGGGUUGUAUAUCAGGAUCAUUGUGUGUGUUGUUCAUUCUCGAUUUACAGAAUUUUGUUUGCACUAGUUACCCCGGCAAUAGUUGUCUUCUAUUGUUGCUGAUGUAUUCCAUCAGUGCCUGAGGUGUUCUUCUUUUUUAAAAAUACGUUGUAACUGUCUCUCUUUUCACUAUAUAACUCUUCUUGGUGUCAUACUCAUUUUUUCCUGGAUAUUCCGUUCGUCCACUCAUUGGCGCGACGAUCUCAAUGUGAUAAAAAAGAAUCCCAUUAAAUUGAAAAAAACAAAACAAGAAAUUAAGUAAAACAUAGACAAGGAAAGGGAAAAAGAGGUUGGAAAAUCAAAUUAUUUGUAGCCUCAGACAUGAAGAGACUAUGUGCACUGUUCCCAAACAAAAUCAUAAAAAAAAAAAAAAAUAAUAAUACUUUGUAAUUUCUAUAGAGUAUACUAUAUCCACUUAAACAAUAUACGAUUAAUAAGUCGAUCAUGUGAUACAUGUAAUGAAACAUUUGUAUGAAUUCAGUCUACUAGACGUAACAAUACACACUGCAACGUAUACGAGGAAA